AUGUCUGCGCCAUACACGCCCCAGGACGUGCAAGCCGUAGCGGCUGUCGUGCGUGCUUUGGAUAAUGCUCGGAAAGACAAGAGAAAGAACGGGUUCUCAGUCAAGAAGACCAGUUUCGACGUAAAGGGAUCGGCUGAUGGCAUUCAAGUCGAGUCGUGGCGCAUGCAGGACUGGGACUACAAACGACCUAAUCUGCCAACAUACGCCCGUGGCCUCUUCACCACAAGGACACGAAGAAACGAACCAGAAAUCGCUGUGAGAGGCUAUGACAAGUUUUUCAACGUCGAGGAGGUCCCCGAGACUAAAUGGGAAAAAAUAUUCGCACAGACGCAAGGCCCUUACGAGCUUACCCUCAAGGAGAACGGCUGUAUCAUUUUUAUUGCUGGGCUGGAAGACGAUACCCUGGUUGUUUGCAGCAAACAUUCGACAGGAGACCGAGAAGACAUUCAGGUUAGUCACGCAAGUGCUGGAGAACAACGUCUGGAGCAGCAGCUGGCUGCUGUUGGAAAGACAAAGGCAGAUCUUGCACGAGAACUUCGCAAGAGAAACGUUACUGCUGUUGCAGAGCUCUGUGACGACGAGUUCGAAGAGCACAUUUUGGAGUAUGGCCCCGAUAAAGCCGGCCUAUAUCUUCACGGCAUGAACCUCAAUUUGCCGCAAUUUGCCACCUACCCAAGUCGGUAUGUCCAGGAGUUUGCUGACGAGUGGGCCUUCCGAAAGACUGGGCUUAUGGUAAUGGACGAUAUCCACCAGGUCAAAAGCUUUCUCGAAGAAGUGGCUGAAACUGGGGCUCACGAUGGACGAGAUGUCGAGGGUUUUGUCAUCCGCUGCAAAAUGUCACAAGAUCCAGCCACGCAGCCCUUCCAGGAUUGGUUCUUCAAGUACAAGUUCGAGGAGCCAUACUUGAUGUACCGCCAAUGGAGAGAGUGCACUAAAGCCCUGAUUGCUGGCAAGCAGCCAAAGUUCAAGAAACACACCAAAAUUACGGAGGAGUAUCUUCUUUAUGCCCGAAGACGACUUGUUGCAGACCCGAAGCUCGGAAAAGAGUACAAUAGCAACCACGGCAUCAUCGCUCUUCGCAACGACUUCUUGACUUUUAAGAAUCUAAAGGGAGCAGAUGCGGCUAAUCUAGGCGACCUGGACUGUCCAGCCAUGACAGAGGUUACUCGGGAUGUGAUCUUGUGUCCUAUCGCCACCAUCGGUUGUGGCAAGACGACAAUCGCGAUGGGGCUAUCACACCUAUUUGGCUGGGGUCAUGUUCAGAAUGACAAUAUCUCUGGCAAGGGCCGCCCUCCACGGUUUACUAAGAUGGUAUUGGAUGAGCUGAAAGACCAUCCUGCCGUGGUUGCAGACCGAAACAAUGCACAAAGACACGAGCGAAAGCAGAUUAUUACGGAUGUCAAGCUUCAGCACUCUACUGCUAAACUUGUAUGUCUGAACUUCAAACAUGACGAAGAAGCGAUUGAUGAGAUCCGACGAAUUACACAAGAACGAAUUGUUACGCGUGGGGACAACCACCAGACGAUUCAUGCAGCAAGCGAUAAAGAUAAAUUUAUUGGUGUGAUGGAGGGUUUCAUCAAACGAUUUGAGCCUUGCAACCCUCAUGGGCGACCUGACGACGGCUUCGAUGCGUUCAUAGACCUUGACCCCACAGCUGGUAGUCGACAAAAUCUCGAGGUUGUUGUAACGCAGUUGCACAAGCUGUUCCCCAAUCUUGUGGGGGAGAUUCCAUCUUCAGGGACGCUUGAUGCUGCCAUUGAUUGUGCUCUCGGAUACAAGCCAGAAUUCAGGCAUGAUAUACCUGAUCGGGGCAAGAAGAACAGCCAGCAGCAAAAACAACAAGUGAAGACGCCAAAACCAAGGAAGAUGGAGUACAUGUCCGUCAGCAUCCCGACCCAAGAUGUCAACAGCGCUCUCGAUAACGCCUUCAGAAACGUCCCGGCAUCAACCUCUCAAUUGUACACACAACUCAAGCAAACAAGACGUGUACAGCCAAAAUUCCAUGUCACCCUGCUUCACAAGGCUGCUAGCGUUAACCAUCCCGAGCUUUGGGAGCAGUAUACCGCUCUACAUAAGGAGGUAGAAGCUGCUGGUAACCCUGAAGGAAAGGUCGGCGAAUGUGAUGUAAUGCUUGAAAGGGUUGUGUUCGACGAUCGGAUCAUGGCCAUUGUUGUUCGUCUGGCAGAUCAGGAUGACCGGUGGCAGUGUGUGAACCGUGUCGCGCAUAUCACAGUCGGAACUCGAGACAAUACGGUGAAGCCUAAAGAGAGCAAUGAUCUCCUAGCCAGGUGGCUGGAAGUGGGCAGCUCCCCCGAAACCAAGAUUGGCGAGGUUGUGUUUGCGGGGAGGCCGACUGUGAAGGGAACAGUGAUGCCUGUGCUGAGCCGAUUCUGA